AUGAACGGCCACAGCGACGCCUUGGGCGCAGAUGCAUGGCCGAGCAACACCACCACCACCACCACCACCAGCCAUGGGCCAGGCGACUCGCGGCGGCCAGCCUCGUCGUAUCCCCCCAUUGCCGAGAUCAUCGCCUCCGCCACUGACACGGCCGAGUCGCUCAGGCACCACUCGAUUCGGCACCUGCUCGAGGCCGCGCGCACCCACUUCAACUCGGCCAAGACGAUGCUCAACGACCGCAUCCCCGCCGGCGCAUACUGGGAGUACAUGGUCGCCUACCAGAUUGUCGUCGACCUGAUCCCUGCCCACCGCGACUACUACGACAAGAUCAACGCCAGCCGCAGCCAGGCCUACCGCGACUUCAACGACCUCGUCAAGGACAUCAAGUCGAGCGAGGAGCGCUUCAUGCGCAUCAAGGACAUCAUCAAGAACGACAACAAGCGGAAUGGCGCCCAUCACCGAACCGCAUCCGUGCCCGCCCAUACAAGGGCCGACUCCCGCAAUGGCUCCACGCUCACGCGAAGAGACGACGAGCUCAUGCUCCCAGAGGUCCCCACGACCAUGCCAAACGGCCGUGUCUCGCCCGCCGCGUCCCUCGACUCGAUGCGGAGAAAACCGCUUGUACAGCCAAAGCCGCAAUCGCUGCAUGGCCGCGCCGUGCACCAAAACGCCGCCUCCGUCAACGGCAUCAACGGCAUCAACGACCUUGCCCAGCGGUUCGCGAACCUGCGGGGGUCGGUGCCGCCGCUCGAUGCAUCUUCUGCCCGCUCGAGUCAAGAUUUCUCGGUCAAAAUGCCCUCUCCCGCAGACUACCACUCCACCAACAGGCUCUUGGGCCCACGCAGCAUGCCCAUGCCGUCUGCAUCCACGCCCCCGCCGCCUCCCAAGCUGCCUCUGGACACCGCAUUUGCCGCCUCGCUGCCCAAAGAGCCUAGCCCGACAUAUAGCCCAGCACGCAACAUCUCGGGCCCUUCAAGCAUCAAUCCGCCUCGCAGUACUCCUCGGAGUAUGAACGGGACUGGCGGCCGUAGCAACUCGCUGGCUGCGUCGAGCGCGUCCAAUUAUGCUCCUAAUGUAAAUGGCGUGCCAGACUCAUAUUUCCCUGCCCAGAACAUGCGCGCUCCCUCUGAAAGCGCGCGGCCCCUGAGUAAAUCGGUGGAAUUGGAAAUCGACGCCAGCAUGCUCUACGACUACUACCGCAUGUACAAUGUGCUCACAAUUGACGUGCGAGACCGAGCAGAUUUCGACGCAGGCCAUGUCUACGUGCGAAACAUCAUGUGCAUAGAGCCGUUGACGUUACGCGACGGCGACUCGGCAGAGCAGCUGUUGGACCGCCUUGUCAUUUCGCCAGACGAAGAGCAGGCCAUGUUUGACCGACGCAACGACUUUGACGUUGUUGUGUACUACGACGAAUCGACCAAAAAUAUUGAUUUUAUGCACAAGACCAGCCGGUCGGAAAAGGAAACGGCCCUGAAACUGCUUUUUGAUACAUUGCACGAGUUCAACGCCGACAAGCCUCUCAAACGCCCGCCUGUUCUUUUGAAAGGGGGCCUGGAUGCGUGGGUGGACUUGGUAGGCCCACAGGCGUUGAAAAUGUCGACCACUGCAGCAGUAGUAGCUGCAGGACCUACUAGGACUCGGGCUGUGAGACGGUCUCCAGCUACCAACAUCACCAGGAACACUUGGCAAAGACGUUCACGGCGUGAAUAUGUGCCCAUGGACCAAGAAGAACAGCAAAAGUGGUUGGAAGAGGCCCGGAAAGGGCGAGCCGCUGUUGAGGUGCCUCCGACAGAGGGCGAAGAAGAAGAUGAAGAGGCCAACUCAUCCUUUUAUCAUUCCACCGAAGACUUCUUGCGCCGAUAUCCCGCGGUCGAAGCUGAGCAGUCGAUGAUGUACCCGCCAAAAUCUCAGCCUACCAAACAAUACGUUCCGCCAGCGAUACCCGCCGCGCCUUCACGGCCGCCGCCAUCGGUACCCAAGGUCAGCUACAGCGGCGUCCACGAACGCCAAGACGUGCAGCAAAACCGCAGCAUCUACAAUUCACAGCCCCAAUUCAGCAAUCUGAGACUGCACAGGACUGGCCUGCUCAACUUUGGAGUUACAUGCUACAUGAACUCGGUAGUACAGUGUCUAAGUGGGCAUUUGCUGCUUUCGGACUUGUUCCUAACAGGGCGCUACCAGCGCGACCUGCAGCGGGAUAACUGGAAAGGUACCAAGGGUAUCCUCCCAGAGGCGUAUGCGACGUUGCUUUCGAACCUUUACAAAGGUGAUGUGUCGUCCGUACGCCCUAGCACCUUCAGACGUAUAUGCGGCCACUUCAACUCACAGUGGGGCAUCGACGAGCAGCAGGACGCCAAGGAAUUCCUCGAAUUCGUUUUGGAUUACAUGCAUGAAGACUUGAACCUGACAUGGAACAAACCCCCCCUAAAACCCCUUUCGGACCAAGAAGAACUGACUCGCGAGCGCUAUCCGCGGCAGUACUCAGCCAUGAUUGAGUGGCGGCGAUACCAGCAUCGCGACAUGUCGGUUAUUGGCGGUUUGUUUGCUGGGCAGCACGCCUCGCAGCUCACAUGUCAAACAUGCGGCGUCACAAGCACAACGUAUGAGGCGUUUUGGAGCAUCAGCGUCGAGAUACCCCGCGAAGGCCAAUGCGACCUCCGCCAAUGCCUAGAAUCGUACUGCGCACCGGAGCGCCUAGCGGGAGACGAGCUAUGGCGUUGCCCACGGUGCAAAAAGGAUCGCGAGGCAGUCAAGAAGAUCACAAUCACCCGGGCACCAGACACACUGGUGAUCCACUUCAAGCGAUUCAGCGCGUCCCGUACUGAGACUGCGCGCAAAGUCCGCACGCCCGUCCACUUUCCACUACAGAGGCUGGAUAUCGGUCCAUUCGUCGAGCCACCCAUGACACAAGAACAAGAGGCCUACGUUUCACAGAUGGCGCGGGAUGGACCUGCGCAGCUGGCAGGUGUCAAGUCUGACCCUACCAUGAACGGACCGUAUGUCUACAACGCGUAUGCCGUCAUUUGGCAUAUUGGCGCUACGCUUGGAAGCGGCCACUACAUUGCAUUUGUCAAGGACAAAUCGCGGGGAUGUUGGCGGUCUUUCAACGAUGACAAGAUCCAAGAUUUCGACCCGGGCAACCUUCCGGCACACAGUCGAUUGCAGAACGAGAAAGCUUACAUUGUGUUUUAUGAGCGGGAGAGGGUUGCUGGUGGGGCCUUUUAGCACGACGCCGUUGGUCCCUCGCGCACCGGUAUGGUCGUGAGCGCUAAGAAAAUUCAUGUGCGUCUUUUCUUUGCUCUGUUCGUCAGCGCUUGUCCGUUGUUGCUAUCCUGUUGAGAAUCUGGCUCGCGGCGCACUUGCAUACUCAGAGCAUUGCAUCAACGGCGCCGGGAAAAGUACUCUGGCUGCCAUGUUAGAUAUACCACUUUGCAUAGCACUUUGAAUACCACUUGAUUUACC